CCUCCUCCCCGUCCUCCUCCUCCUCCGAUGUUGUCCUCGUCCAGGCUUCGUCGUAAGGUCACGGCGGAGACGGGCCACGCGGCGCUGGACGCCACCCGGGCACCCGGCAGGGCCUUCAGCAUCCGGGUGCGGCGCCCCGCCACGGGCGAGCUCACGGUGGGACCGACCGCGGGCGGAGGCCUCGAGUGCCGCAGGCAGAUCAACCACGAGGACCUGCGCGUGCAGUUCCUGCAGGGGGGCGACAGCAGGACGACGAUGACCGUCGCCCUGUCGCCCGCGCUGGUCGAGAUGCUGAGCGGCGGGUCCUCGUCGCAGCCCGAGGCGCGGGCGCAGGUUCAGGCGUACAUGGAGCGCCUGUUCGAGGCCAUGCGGGAGCAGCAGAGCCCGCGGGAGCUGGAGGCCCUCAGCCAGGGAGCGCGCGCCUCGGCUCUUCUUGGAGCCUCCCGGAGGCCGCAUCGCCGUCAGGGCCAGGAGCCGCCCGGACAAUCCGGGCCAGGAGGGACCCCGGGAGGGGUCCGGUGACCGACGUCGAGCAGAUUUGGGCAGGACGAGG